GACCUACCCUUCUUCUUUGACGCUCACCAGUCCCUCCUCUUUGCUGUCCCGUCGUCCCUUUGUCCCUUCACUCAACACUUUACCCCCCACUCAUCACUACUAUAAUCUAUCAUGGCAUUGAAGCGCAAGCUCGUUGACGACGCAUCUGCUCAACCUUCCCUAAAGCAGAUGAAGCUCGUACCCUUCCCGUCCUCCGAACAAAGUCUCGACAUGGACAUGGACGCACCAAUGUCCGACUCUCCCUCCAUGGACAUUGACUUUCCUGCUGGCUUUCACUCGCGUCUACCGUCAAGCGCGUCGUCGGACACUGACUACUCGUCAGAUGCUUCCACUUCUUCCCCUUCCGACCCGUCGAUAUGUCCACCACCAGUCAACGGGCGUACCUUCUCAGGACUCGGCUUCUCCCACCUCAGGUCAGACUGCAAGCAGCUCCCGAAACUCCGUGUUGCUUGCGGCGCCGGUCCCAGUGGCAACCGUUCAAUGUGGGGCCUUUGCGAAGAAUGCGGCGCCAUUCAAAUGCUCGACUCGUGAAGACAUUUCGCCACACCGCAUUCUGACAAGUCUGGCAGCUUUAGUCUCUUCAAAAUCCCCUAAUCCUUUUUCGCAGUUUCUCUGGUUUAUCUUCUCUUUGCUCUGACACGACUUCAACAACUGACAGAAUUUCGAUUUCGACUACUGGUAUCAGCAUUUCAACCCUAUUAUCGACACCAUCGACAUCCGACAGUAAAAAAAACUCAAUGUCAACAUUUCGCCACACGACAAUCACUUUCGCCUUACUGUCAACACUUAUCUUCGACAGCCCUAUUUCUAAACUGACAAACUUGUACCAGCUAGUACCAGCUAGCGACACACCGACUUCAGCAGACGCCUUCGCCACCACCCUCUUGUCGACCUCUCCCUCCCUCUCCUGCUCCUCCGCCCCCGUCCCCCUCCUACCAACUGCGACACCACCCUCCUUCCUCGGACCUCAUAUGCAAUGUACAUGCUUUCCGUCGCUACAUUGUGUAACUGCAUAUGUGGUCUGCUCGCCAUUGUCUGCUCAAAAGUGCUGUCCCGUCAGUUCC